CCCGCUGCGACGUUGCGGAGGCUUCAAGAUGGCGGAAGCCCUGACAACUCAGGAGCAGCUGGCUGUGGAGGAGUUCCUGGGUGAGGUGCGUAGCAGGGAGCAGCCUCACAGCGCUGGGCUCGUGUCCCAACCAACAGCUGUAAAGUUUCUUAUGGCCCGCAAGUUUGACGUCUCCAGAGCCAUCGACCUCUUCCAAGCAUACAAGAACACAAGAAUCAAAGAGGGCAUCAUCAAUAUCAACCCUGACGAGGAGCCCCUCCGCUCUGAGCUGCUGAGUGGCAAAUUCACAGUCCUGCCCGGUCGUGAUGCAAAGGGUGCCGCUCUAGCACUCUUCACUGCUCGUCUCCAUCGGCCAGAUGUCACUACCCACAAAGCUGUGCUGCAGGCCAUCAUCUAUCAGCUGGACAAAGCCAUAGAGAAUCCACAAACUCAAAGAGACGGACUCAUAUUUAUCUACGACAUGACCAACUCCAGCUAUGGCAACUUUGACUAUGAGCUCUGUGUCAAGAUCCUCAAUUUGCUCAAGGGGGCGUUUCCGGCUCGACUAAAAUGUGUCUUCAUCGUGUCGUCGCCUCUUUGGUUUCGAGCACCUUUCGCGGUCCUCCGCUUAUUUGUGCGCGAAAAGCUGAGAGAACGGGUGUGCACAGUGAAAGCUCAUGAGUUGGCCAGUCACAUCCCAGUCUCCUCCCUCCCCGAACACCUGGGUGGGACGUCCCAGUAUAGCCACGUGGCUUGGAUCCAGUCCUGUGUUAACACACACACAAACACUGUUCAGGGUGACACACAAGAACACGACACACACGACUGUGUGGGCAGCCUGCUGCGCUCCUACAGCUUAGAGUGCAGCAACACAAGCGCAGGCGCUACACUGUCCCACACCCACAUAAACACACAGUUAGGUUCCGAGCUAGCCGUGGCUAACUCAAACUGCUAUGACGAUAGCAAUGCUAACCCACACAAUCACUGCGGUGUCGGGGAUGGCAGGACUCGAGGCCAAGGACAGUACCAGCAGAGCCCACAGUCUGCAAACAGGCUGCAGGGUAACCACCAACACUGGAACGGCUCAGCAGUGAGCGGGGCCAACGUGGCCGUGAGCGGCUCGAGCCCCAACGCUAACAUGAAUGGCCGUGGCCGCCAAGCCCCUCCCCAGUCAGACACGCCCCCUGACACACCGCUUUCCCACAAAGGCGACGGAGAUGCAGUGGAUGGAAAGGCCACAGACUCUCAGAAUGACGAUGUAAAAGAGGAGGAUGAGGACGAUGGUGAGGGAGAGGACGGGGUGCCUCCGCUGCCUCAGAAAUCUUUGCCCCGCCCCCCUCACCAUCCUUCCUCCCAGUCCCCACCCCUGUCUUCAUCAUGGGGUCCUGAUGAUGAGGACAGCUGCAUGGAGGUUUCUGUUCACAUGCCAGAGCAGGGAGGCAUGACGGUGCACGAUCUGGUGGAAUACGUGAAGAGAAAGAAGAAGAAGGGGAUUUACCAGGAGUACGAGGAGAUCCGGAAGGAGCCUCCAGCGGGCACCUUUGACUACUCCAAAAAACUGUCCAAUCAGAUAAAGAACAGGUACAGUGAUGUUCUCUGCCUGGACCAGUCACGGGUGCGGCUCUGCCAGCUCUGUGAUGACGAGGACGAGACAUCAGAUUACAUUAAUGCCAGUUUCAUGGACGGGUACAAGAGGAGCAACGCCUACAUAGCAACUCAGGGUCCUCUGCCAAAAACUUUUGGUGACUUCUGGCGCAUGGUGUGGGAACAGAUGGUACUUAUCAUUGUCAUGACCACCAGGGUGGUGGAGCGAGGGCGAGUCAAGUGCGGUCAAUACUGGCCUCUUGAGGAGGGCAGGACUGAGCAGCACGGAUACUUCUUGGUCAGGAACACACACAUCCAGGUGUUUCAGGACUUCAAACUCUCCCAUCUUGAACUUUAUAACACACAGUCCGGAGAGAAACGGGAGGUGUGUCACUACCUCUAUGUGAGCUGGCCGGAUUUCGGGGUACCCAAAAGUGCUUCUGCUAUGUUGGACUUCCGUGAGCAUGUACUUCAGAGGAGGGAGGCUGCAGUUCGGAGCCUGGGCUCCAGUUGGACGGGGCCUCCAGGGGGCCCCCCUGUGGUUGUGCACUGCAGUGCCGGCAUUGGCCGCACAGGCACGUUCUGUACACUGGACAUCUGCCUCUCCCGGCUGGAGGACAUCGCCACAGUAGACAUCCGUCAGACGGUGCGGCGGAUGCGUACGCAGAGGGCUUUCAGCAUCCAGACCUGGGACCAGUACUACUUCUGCUACACCGCAGUCAUCGAGUACGCCCAGCGCCAUGGGAAACUGAGCCCGGUUCAGUGGUCCGACUCGGACCUAGAGACCGACAGCGAGUGAGGGACACACAGAGGGAGAGAAAAAACAAACGGGAUAACUAACCUAAGCCGAAGGAAGGAAAGACGUUUCAGAGCAGAGGAGGGAGAAGACUCUUCUGCCAUAACAGAGAAGAGACAAAGGAUGGAGAUGUUGUUUUGGCUCUUGAUGUAAUGACACAGACUCCCACAGCUGCUCCUCCUUCACACGAAAGGAUCGACGGGAGGAGGUGAAGAGCCGGAGGAGAAAAAAAAAUACAGGGAGUGGAGACUGUGCAUCGUGAUUGAGCAAGCUGUCCUGCCAAUUUCCGAGCCCCCCUUUUUAUUUAGCAAAUUUAUGGGGGGACUCGGCCUGCCCUGAACCUGUCUUGUUGACAAGAGAGUUGUACGAGUUGUAGCAUUUUUUUAUAUUGACUUGCACAUGAGGAAUGACAAACUUGAACUUUCCCCCCUCGAAGCCCUCCAAACCCCAGUCUCUGUUCCUUUUUUUUAAAAUUAUUUCUUGUUUCUUUUCAACCCUGAACAAAUCUGUGAUCACAGAUGGAGGGGAUGAAAAGGUGAAACUUGAAAAUCUUUUUUUUUUUGAGAGAGAGAGGAAAUGGCUGAACAUGAGCAAAUGGUCGUAAGUGAAAGUAUUAGCGUAUGAGCCAUUUAGUCCAUUGUCAUUAUUUUUUUCCCUUUAUUUCCCAUGUCCUUUUUUUCUAUGGUGCAUUUUCUACGUGUGUUUCAUAUUUGUGCAUAUGUAGACUAACUUUUCAAAGCCAAAGUUCCCUGAAUGCUUGGAUGUACUCCUUACUGAGAUAUUAUAGACUGAAGCCCGUGUAUAUUCUUGUAACAUACAUUUAUACAUUAUUGUGCAUAAUAACAACCUCUGAAAGAAGUGCAAAAAAAGAAAAAAAUACCUAGUUUAAUAUAAUUGACUUAACCGCGAGAAGAAAUAUCUAUGUAGCGAGCCAGGCUAUGACAAGAUAUAGAAAAGAGUUCUGGUAUUGAAACUGAUAUCAUUUUUUUUGCAAAUCUGCGCGAUUUGUCAGGUCUAACAUCAUCAUUACUGUCGGAGCGUUCUGAUAAGUAAUUUGGCCUUAACUUGAUUCACUGCCUCGUCGUUCUCAGACCUAAACCAUACCUGAAACUGUAAACUUUGAUUUCACCUUUUGUCCCCCCCCCCCUUUUUUUUUUUUUUUUUUGAAUACCACAACUGUUGUGUUUGUCGAGGCACGUUCAGCCUCGAAUAAUUGUGCCUUCAAGUUUUUCCUUAGCUUAUUGUCUCGCUAGUGUAGUAAUAACACCCAAACUAGUGCACUUGAAUAGUACACGUCGACUAUGUGUCACACAGGACACCCACAUUUUGCCUAAUACAGUCCUGUACAUAGUUAACACUACUUCAGAAUAACACAAGAGUAGUGAGUGAUCUGGGACUAAGCUCUGGUUUGAGACAUGGCUAUUCUUUUAUCAUUUGACCUCAGGGGGUAAUUCUAGUGUUUUUUGCCUAGUGUCAAAGAUCCGUUUCUGGGUUUGCCUCUGGUAAGUUAUCAUUUAAGAAAGAAACUAUAUCAACUUUAUUUUGUAUUUUUUACUGUAUUGUAUCCUACUAUAUUUAUGUCUUUGUAAAACCUCUACAAUAUUGAAAUCAGUGAAUGUUGGUACGAUGCUACGAAGAAGAAGAACAACACAAAAACCAGUUAUUGCAUUUGAUAAGCUGAACAAAUCAGAUGGGGAGUGAGAUAUAUUUUUUUGUUUUUCACGAUGAAAACUUGGUGGAAAAAUGUCACUUGCCAUCGUAUUUUCAGAACUGACUUGUAUAAAUGGUGAUUGUUCGAUUCCAGGACAAUAACGGGGAAGGGGGUUAUUGAAUAUGUUUUAGACAGCUUAUUGUUAAAACUCAGUAACAAUUACAUUAAUGUCUUGUACUGUCUGGUACCCAAUGCCAAGGACAAAGCAAAAAAGAGCUAUCAAGAAAAAAAAAUGCAAAAAAGACAAGUGGCUGCCAUUUUUUUGUUCACAAAACCCCAGCUUGGUGUCUAUGAGUAAAAAAAUAAAAUAUAUAUAUAUAUCUAUAUAUUUAGAAUGGGUUUAUCAGCAUGGAAAGCGAGCCUUGAAUGUUUUCGGGGUAAUGGUGUCCGAGCAAUUUAGUCAGGACAGACAUGGAUAUUGUUGGUGAAUGUGGACCCUGCAUCCCUCAAUGCCAAAGGCCCAGGCUCACCCUAAAGAGUUAUUUCCUACGACACAUCCUCAACAGCCUACUAAGCAUGGACCUACCAGUGCAGCCUUGCAUCCACGGACACAGAAAGACUUGGGAGCACCUCGGGAACAUUACUAAUGUACAGACACAAAAUGGGAGAAAUGAAAUGUGUCUUGGUCCCCAUGCUACUUUUUUAAUUUUGUUGUAUGAGAAACAGAGAAUGCAACGUGCAUUUGUCAUUGGUGUUCAUUUAAUGUUUCUUUCUGUGCUUUAAGUUCUCGUGAUUGAAUUAUGGCCUUUUACAUGCUGUCAGCCCGGCUGUUCCAUUAAAGCAACGGUAUUACUAUCUUGAACGAG